UUUCGAAAUGUGAGAUGGAGCUCAGUCGAUCUUCAGUUGGUUAAACUACGUCUCCGAAACAAGUACGAAUCUAAGAAUCAAGGCGCACGGAAUUAUGUGUGGAAUUUUUGCUAUUCUAUCGAAGGAUAGCCAAGGGAUCCUUCCAAGGAACUACUGUGGCUGUUCGCAGACACUGCGGGAACUGGCCUAUCGCCAGAGUGGCAAACAACGACAUCGUGGUCCGGACGAGACGGGAGUAAGGGUAAUUCCGGAGCACGGCGUUGCUUUGGUGCAUGAACGUCUGGCAGUCAUUGGUGUAAAAACUGGCAAACAACCCCUGUUGUCGGAAGAUGGUGCUGUGGCAUUGGUGGCUAAUGCCGAAAUUUACAACUAUCUGGAAUUAAGUGAACACAUAGCGAAAAACCGACCCAACUACAAGCCCAAAAGCGAUUGCAAUGUCAUCAUCGAAUUGUACGAGGAGUACGGGGAACACUUGUUGGACCGCAUUGAGGGCAUGUUCGCCUUUGUGCUGUACGAUGAGAACCGAAAACGUGUGCUGAUCGCCCGCGACCCCUUCGGUAUUAUGCCGCUAUAUAUUGGACAGGAUGUGGAGGGAAAUUUGUGGAUCUCCUCCGAGAUGAAGAGCAUGAUUGAAUAUUGCAAAAAUAUCAAGAACUUUCCGCCCGGCCAUUUUGCAAUGGGCGACCCGAAUAACCUCAAUCCUCAGCCCUUCUUUGUAAGGCCGUGGCAAACUGAAAUACCAAACCAACUGGCGGAUAUAGCUGAGUUACGGAAACGCUUAGAAGGCGCGGUUCGUAGUCAUUUGCAGUGCGACGUAUCAUUUGGAGCUCUCCUUUCGGGCGGUGUUGACUCCAGUCUGAUUGCCUCCAUUGCUACGAAAAUCAUGCGAGAGCGGGACCCUAGUUAUCGCCUUCCAACCUUUUCAGUCGGCAUGGUGGGCUCUCCAGAUUUCAAACACGCACGCAUGGUUGCCGAUUACAUCGGCAGUGACCACACCGAAGUUAUUUUUACGGUGGAAGAAUGUCUUGAUGGAGUCCGGGAUCUGAUCUAUCACUUGGAAUCGUACGACAUUGCCACUGUUCGAUGCAGUUUGCCGAUGUUCUAUUUGGCGCGUUACGUCAAAAGUACUGGCAUUAAAAUGAUCCUGUCGGGCGAAGGAGCAGAUGAAAUUUUCGGAGGUUAUUUGUAUUUCUUCAAGGCACCAACGUACGGUGAAUUUCACCGAGAAAUGGUAACGCGCCUCGACCAGCUACAUGUAUCCGAUAUUCUGCGGGCCAACAAAGUGACCAUGUCCAAGGGCUUAGAACUUAGAGUUCCAUUUCUAGACACAAGCUUCGUCGAUUACGUUAUGUCAAUUAGACCUGAGGACAAAAUACCGGGUGCCUUGAACUGCUAUUCAGGCAUUCAAGACCACCGCAUGGAGAAGUACAUCUUAAGGAAAGCAUUCGAUAAGAAUUACUUGCCACCGGAGGUGUUGUGGAGACAAAAGGAGCAAUUUUCCGAUGGCGUCGGCUAUGAUUUGAUCGAAGCCUUACCCAAGUUUGCUGCAAAACGUGUCACCGACGCCGAAUUUGCAAAUGUCUCGCAGCGAUUUCCCAUUAAUCCUCCAACAACGAAGGAGGCCUAUUACUACAGGUGUAUAUUUGAAGAUAUGUUUCCCGGUGAGUCGCCAGCGUUAACCGUGGAGAAAUGGGCGCCACGCCUGGACUGGGGUUGUCCCGAAGAUCCGUCAGGAAGAGCUCAAGAGGCCCACGAAAAUAGGCUAAAAGAAUAUCUUUAAAACACAUAUGUGUAAUAUAAAUAAUUUAUAAAAAUAUAUUAUCCUCGCCUUGCAUUGACCACAGACUAAA